AUGAAUAUAGAAACUGAUCCUACAACUACUAAUUCAGAAACAGAUCAUGCAAUACAAGAUCAGGUACUUGAGGCUGAUAAUAAUGCAGGUUAUAGCACUACCUCUGCAACACAAACUAAAGAAACUGAUAACUGGCUAAUGGAUAUAGAUAAUGCAAUUCAAGCCAAAGUCAAAGAUGAGUUUAAUAACACAAUUUGGCAUUAUGAUC